GUGAGUGGCUGCAGGUCUGCGUGGCAGGAGUGAGUCGACCGACGCCUCAGGAGGCAUCCUAUCGUUCUAUCCUAUAUAUCGUCCUGAUUUUCAAUUUCCUCUAUACCAUUCCACAUAAAUCCUAGGUUAGCUCCUCCAUCCAAAAUAUUUCUGACAGAAAUAGAUUUGCGUUUACGAAUCCCAUUUUCUCGAGGACUUUUCGUAGAAAAGUUUUUCUAAGAAUUCUCUUCAGUCUUAUAUCUCUCAAGAUUUCACUUUCUUGUCAAGAUAGAACAAUUGUUCAAUCAUCUGCGCUUUGAAGCAAGUUACUGGCGCUCUUCACGCAACAAGAAUUUCAAUUUCUACCCACUUACAAGUAGAAUACAACAACUUUUCCUUCCAAAUAUAAGGAACCACCUAAAAACAUCUCGUCACAACGAACCAUCAACAAACCAAGAAAUAACAAGAUGUCUGUCAAGCAGAUCGUCAUCGGCGCCGCUGCCAUCGGCAGUACUUCCGCUCUGCAGUUCACUACCACUCAUACCACCAUGAUGGGGAAGAAAGACACGUUGUGCAGUGAAAUUCUCAACACGUUUCGCCAAGAGGCGGUCGAAAAAAAAGUGGGCGUGAAGAAACCGAAGAAUGGCAACCCCGCUGCUGAGGGAUUCUCCAAUGAAGAUGAUGAGGGUAGUAUGUCUUCUGACGAUGAAAAUAAGCGUGCGCAGAGCUACCAGGACUUCUACGCGGUGGUCAAAGCGUCCGAGGCAUGCGAAAAGGGGAAGAUGACCAAGAUUAAGCCAGCUUAUCUGCUUGCGGCUCCCAGCAAAGAACAAAACGCCAGGGAAAGGCAAGGAACGCUCAAUCAGCUCAUGACCUACGCCAAGACGAUCAAGACGCUGCUCAAGACUAAGAAGCGCGCGCCGGGCGCCAAGGAAUCUGGAGCGGAAGCGAAAAUGGGCGACUUUGAUUUCGACUAUUUGGGGAAAAUGAGAGAGCUCAUCGGCGGCAGAAAGUACUAUCCCGGAGUUCAGCGUGAGGGUGACGAUGUGGAUGACACCAAGAACAGGUUUUCGGACAGUUUCUACGUCCAAUGCUGCUACGAUGUCUUGCCGGACGAGAAGGCGGCUUUUGAGAAGGCAGAGGAGGAGGCCAAGAAGAAGAAGGAUGACGAUGAGGCUGCAGCGAAAGCGAAGCAGGAGGACGAGAAGGCCGCGGAGGAGGCCGCCGCGAAAGUUAAGGCAUGUAGUGCAAUAGUAUUUCUAUUUCGAUAUAGUAUAUAACCAAGCAGAAGAGGCACAAGGUAGGUUUCAUCAUCAUCGUCAUCAUCAUCAUCCUAGGUUAUCCUCCAAUCAAGAUAUGUAUCCUACUUCAUAGAAGUGGAAUGAAGAUUCGUGGUCUAGUAGUUAACUAAUUCUAGAAGUCCAACUAGUACUGUACAACUACAGAACGUUCAAAAAUUGCGCAAGUACUGCUAGCAGCGUCACCUUACGUGGAGUGCAACAACUGUUAUAGCCGUGAGAAGAAAGCGAGAGACAAUUACUUGUGUCGGAAGAUUUUUGUAAUUUUCAUCCACAAUGGAGUCACUACAGUAGAAUCGAAACAACAGUAGCUAUAUAUAAUUUGGAUUAAGGUAAGCAUAGAUGAGAACAAGAACACUCUGAGUGAAGAUUAAGGUACUUGAUGUCUAUGAAGAUCAAGAGUUAGCAAUUAGCAAGAUCAACAACUGGCAGUUUCUAGAGCUCCACUCACAUCAAUAAUAAAGAAGUCUAUGUAUGAUCAUACUUCUAGUUCUACUUCUAAGAAUAUGCCCGACGAGGCCAAGGCCGCGGAAGAGGCCAAGGCCGCGGGAAAGGCCACGGCGGAGGAAGGCUGCUGCGGCGGCGAGGCGAAGACCACGAAAGAGGCGAAGGCAGAGAGCUAAGAGGUUCGAAGUUAUGACCGAAUUUGUUAGUAGCACAUAAAGAAAACUAAGCAGUUAACUUUCCUUCGACUCUAAUCCCUUCCAAGAAAGUACUCAAUUCAUUGCCUCGAAUUGAAUUGCAGAAUAGUAAGUAUGUAAAUAUUUUGUUUGUGCUGAAGGUUUGAGAAAUUAUAGUUCUUUGUGACGAGCAAGAAGUGUAGUUGACGAGCAGAACCAGAACGUCCUACUCAAGUUCUGAUCGUUUUUUUGUAUAUAUUUCUAGCCGGCUAAAAAUUUCCCUCGAUAGUUCGGAGGUCGUUCGUAUAAUUCCUUAUUUGCAAUAGGUUUAGGUAUGCGGUUUUUAUUGGUUCGUCUUCUUAUUUGUACAACUGAGGCAGCUGCUCUAAUACUGUGAAGAACGUUCUGUGUUGAAUUGGGAAAGAGGUGGUCUGCGUCAGCACAGAUAGGGAAGGACAAGAAGUUGAUCUACUUCAAGAAUUGCUGUACCUGGUGUACUAAGGUUUCUGAGGUGGGGGAGUUGGCAAUUGUAUCUAAAUGGCGAUGUCUAUGAAUAUGAGAUUUUUAAAGAUCAGAGGGUUUGAAAGAUGAAAGGGUGUUCCAGCGCAAGGAGGUAGAAGCCUGGACGAAAGACCUGUUAAUUUGGCUACAUCAAAGUAAACGUACGCAUUUUUUAUUUCAGUCAAUGAAAUAAAUUAGCAGAUUUUCGAAACUAUUAUGUUGUAGUUUGUACGAAUGUGAUUGAGAAUGUACAGACUAUGAAGAAUGAUCCACAUAACCACAAGAAUGUACUAAAAUGAAACGCAAGAUUGAUUUGCAUCCAAGAAGCCGCGAACUUGAAUAAUAACGAGGAUGAGCGAAUCUGGAUGAUUAUACGCAAGAAGAAGAACUCUCGUGCAACCCGCCAGUUGCGAGAGUGCUCUACUAGUUGCAGGCAGAAGGAAAGAGAAGACGAAAAAACUACACAUAGUGAUGCGAAUAUUUAUUUCAUGUAGAAAUUACGGUAGUUGUAGUGAAAAUGAAUGUUAAAUCAAUCAUAGCAUUACAAUUAUUUUUAGUUUUUACGGAGGGACCACGAAGUUGCAAGUUAUGUCCGAGUUUAUUCGUCAGCUCUUUUAGUCUAACAUCUAGUCUUCGGAGAAGAGUUCUUGUGUCGAUUUUAUGUUACUACUUUUUUCGCAUGAUCUAAAGCUAAACAAAAAUCAUCAUAUCCUUCGAAAAAUAUUCAAGUAUAUAUUUGUAUUUGUUUUGGAACCAAGUGUGUGAAGGAGCACGAUGAAAACCAAAACCAAUCACCUCCUGUAGUGAAUACUAGAGAAUGGUUGAAUCUUGGUUCUUCACGCUCUUCUUGCACAUAUUUUCCUUGUUGAUAGAAUUUUUAGAAAUAAAAGAAUAAGUGACUUUCUAAGGGUCAUCAUCAACCAACUACAUCGCCCACGGCCAUCCCUGAUUUUCUUUUCUAGGAAGGAGGUGAGGGAUGGUCCUCUGAAGGAUGUAGAAGUGUUGCAUCAUCCUCCUUCAACAGUGGAUGAGGGAUAGUCCUGUAGAAGUGACUUAUCAUGGAAAAAUAAAAUGGGAAUUUCUCUUUGACGUAUGGUCAAGAAAGAAUUAAAUCAUAGGAACUAUUUGAAUGCGUAGUCGAGGCGAUCUCUUAGAAGGAAUUAGAUCUUUUAUACUUACAAAGAGGCGACUGAAUAAGUAUAAUCAUGCUCGUGAAAUAAAUAACAUACGAGAUUCCUCACGUCCACGACUGGCGGAAAGCUGCGCAUGGCUUGCAUAAGCUUGCAGCUUAUUCACUAGUAGGGGACAACUACGCCGAUGCUCCAUUUGCAACUCGACAACCUGAAACAACGACUAAGUAUAAGUAAGUGGCUCCGGCAGUCGCAGCUGCGGGAAGGUCGGCGCCCUGUGGAGGCAAACUGAUUGAUUGAUUAAGUGGGUUAGUACAUGACCAUGACCAACUGAAAUGAGACGAGAGUUGACGUCGAUAACAACUCAAGUAGGACGCCCACUCUUGCCGUUAUUUAUAUUCAAUAUCUGCACGGCGGCCCUGGCCCUGUACGUGAUCACUGCAGAGUUCACUCGCUACUUGCUUAGAUGCUGGUUAUUUCGGUUUUUCGAAUUGGAGAAAGGAGCUCCUUUCAGGAUGAUUGUGCCAAAUGCUAUUCAAAAAUGGAGAAUAGUAUUCAGCUCGUCAAAUGAAAUAUAGAUCAUUUCUCUCUCUCAUGUCCGCCUUUACCGAAGGAUGUUGUUGUCUUGCUUGUGUUCCUGGGAGAAGCAGGGUAGUCAACUACGCGAGUCUCGAUUAAGUUGGGAGAAGAAGCUAGGGACCCGACCGACUGUGCCACAUGUGCUUGCCUUCUGAAACUUCCUCUAUUCAGAGGAUGAGUAAUCAGUGGACUAUCCUCUAGCUGCGCUUCCGUUGCAGGCUACGCGGCCG